GUAGUCAACAAAUGGCUCAAGUGGGAGCUAAUUUCUUUUCUGUGUCUUUUUCACGCCAAACUAUAUUUAUACUGCUUCUUGUUUCAUUGUCUCUGUCUCAAAACGUCGUCGUCUUCCAGCCGUCCUUCCUCAGUGCUACUGGACCUGCAGUCACCGCCUAUCUGCUGGGAAACACCUCGGGUGUUUCUCUGAAUCUGAGGACGGUUUCUUUAUCCAACACAACAGGAAGCAUUGAUUCUCCAUCAUGUGCAGAAGAAGCAACGCGGUGGGUGCUCACAGCAGAACAGAUGGGAAAGACUGCAUUACGAGUUUCUGUGAGAUUAAAUCAAACUCUGCGCCUGUGUGCUGAGAAUGAUACGAACAGUGACUGCUGUUUACGGUCUCUGUGUGUCCUGGAAACUCUUCAGGUGUCUGCCUGUGUUGGCAGCACACCCCAGGCAUCACUGCUGAUUCAGGCCUCCAUACAUGCCCAGUUGUUCACUGCUACUGCUGGACUUGAUAACAAAACAGUCAUUCCAAAUCAAGUGUACCAACCACUGGGCGUUUGUCCCUGUGACCUGACAUUUAGAGUUUGUGACCUACGCUGCUGCUGUGAUCAGGACUGUUCCAGUGAUUAUUUAAAGCUAUUUGCAUCCCAUUGUCUGCCAGGACCGUUUGGCGGACAGGUGUCUCCUGCUCCAGAUUAUCAGUGCUCUGUGCAAUCCUCUGAAAAUGCUCCAGACUGGUUUCCAUUUUUAUGUGUCAAUUCUCCACCUGAAAACAACCCUUUUCUUGGUUUCUUUUACCAAGGAGACACAAUUGCAUCUAGUCCUGGCCCUUCUUUCCAAAGUCCUGUAUUGUCAGCCCCAGUACCAGUUAAUCGUUAUAUUCAAGGAAGUCCCAUUAUCACAAAAGAUGGCCAGUACUUUACUAUUCCUCAGAUGAUCCUUGGACAGUGUACGGACCGUUCUCCUGCAGCAUUUCUGAAAAAUGUCCAAGUGGAGUGUGUGAUUCUUCUCCGCUCCUGUCCAACUGGAUUUCCUUUACAAACAAAACCAACAGAUUUGACCACUGAAGUUAUAGAUGGACGUGGGGGAGUUGUGGUGGUGAAUGUAACUGAUGUAGAGGGUUCUGACUUGAGUUUGUUAAUUUCUGAAAGUGGUGCAGUGAACUCUUCAUCUGAGGGACUGGUGUGUCUGAAUGUGACCUUAGCGCUGGAUUACAAAUUCUACUGGACAGGAAAUGGCCUCACAGGUGUCACACUGACACGAACUGUUGGGUCCAUCAUCUUAAAUGGAAGUGUGGCAUUAACAGCAAGAUAUUCAGCCAUGUUUCUAAACAAAGAAUUUAUGCCCGAGACCAACUCAGGAAAUCCAGGUUAUCAAGUUGGAAAGCCAGUUAUUGCUGGUAUUGUGGGCAACAACACAGAAUCAAUACAGAAGACAUCGUUUAAUAUUUGGAAACCAGUUCAUGAUGGAUUAUGUUCCACUGCUCAGAUGAAACCGGUUCUUUUUGGGGAAAAUUCAACUUCAGGAUGCCUGCUAGCUGUCAGUCCACAGAAUCUGACUCAGUGUAAUUUCCUGAGAGAAACAGUUACUAAUCUGCAGGAAGCUCUGACACCUACCACAUAUGUCGCAAAGCAUGGAAACCCAGAUCUUUUAACUAUUUCAGACUGGGUCAACAUAAGCUAUGUGACUCUGAACUCGAGCACAGUCGUGGCAGACGUCUCAAGUGCAUGCGGUGAUAUUCCAUCCCACCAGCAUAUCCAAGUUUGGACUCUAACCACUGGCCUGAUAGAUGGCAUACCUCAGAGAGAAAUACGAGCUUUGGAAGUAAGUUAUAGCUUGUCUACUUGGACUCUGAAUUGUGGAGGGGGUGAUGUUUAUGCAUGUGAGAACCUAGAGGAGCCUGAGCUGUUCCCUAUCACCUCCACAGUCACAUUCAUUGACAUUCUUGUCAACACAGAACCACCCAAAACCAGGUUUCAGAUCAACUUCACAGAAUAUGACUGUAACAGGAAUGAUGUGUGUUGGCCUGAGCUUGCCUUUCCAUUCACUAAAUAUUACACAGGUGAACCUUAUUCUCAAUCACUGGCUAAAGGAAUGAUCCUGGUUUUCAUGUUUAUCACUGCUUCGAUCCUUGGAACUCCUUGGAGACAAAUCAGACAAGCAUGGCACAAUCUUUGAAAAAGACCUAAAGGAUCACAUGCAAAUGAUAAAGAGGGAGUAAAAGA